GCAUGCCCCACCUUCAGCUUGUUCUAUCAUACUACUACUUUUUUUCCCACCCAAUUUGGAUACGCAUCAAUAAUGCUUCUUCUAUUACCCGUAGAAGCUUCCCAGUGUAGUUCUUAGGAAGUAAUUACUAUGAAACUACCUCAUUAAACAAAGCCUAUGGAGUUUUAUAAAUGGGUAUAAAUAUACCACUAUGUUUUCUUUUCAUAACGGUACUAAUAACAAAAUAAUUAUGACGGAUAAAAAUCCAAGGCCACCAAAUUCACUUGACAGCAAUUUCACUAAUCAGCCUCUGGAGCUCCCUGAGUAUUUUAAAUUUGAUGAUGAUCAAUGGCCAGAUGAUGAACCAGAGCCAUUUGUUUUUGAGCAUGUUGUGAACCAAGAAAAUCAACAAGCCAAUAAAUUUGUUGGUGAUUUUGGAGGAAGUGGAAGCUACCUUGAAGGGUCUUCUAGCAACGAUGUCAGCAGUGAACGUGAGAAGAAGGAAGUUACAGAUAAAGUUGCAUUCAAAACCCAGUCAGAGGUUGAAAUUCUGGAUGAUGGGUUCAAGUGGAGGAAGUAUGGAAAGAAGAUGGUGAAAAACAGCCCCAAUCCAAGGAACUAUUAUAGGUGUUCAGUGGAUGGAUGCCAAGUGAAAAAGAGAGUUGAGAGAGAUGUGAAUGAUCCAAGUUAUGUAAUAACAACCUACGUAGGCACUCAUACUCAUCCAGGACCUUUUACGCGGAUUUUUAAAAUUUGCGGCGUGACCUUGAGCAUGAAACGAGAUUGAAAAAGCAUAUAUUCGUAAGGGUUCAAACACCUGAUGUGUUUUCAUGAGGAAAAUAAUCAAAAACUUAAAUGCAAUAUUUGAGAGGCAUAAUAGUUAAAAGAAGAGUGAAGAACAAAGAAGAAUGGAGUUUUACCUUGUCAAACACUAACAAGAAGAUCAAUGGAGACACGAAGACAAAGGGAUCAAAUGGAUGAGCAAACUGAGACAAAUGAAGCCCGAUGUUUAUUUUAUCACUAACAUUUGUUAAACUGGGAGGUCACAAAUUGGAAUAGCGAUGAAGAUAAUUGGUAGGCAUUGGUGGUGUUAUGGUGAAGAUGAGAGCGCACAAAGGGCGAGACAUUGUGGUUAAGGUAGUCUACGAGGCACGAAGAGAGAGAUAUGAAUAUGUUUUUAACAUUUAACUUAUUUUUUCAAAAACCAUGUCUAUAUAUAUAUAUAUAUUGAUUUUUCUUUUUAUUUA